AUGCCGGUCUCCACUAACGUAGAACAUGAAAAGAACAUUUGGAUCGCGGCUGGAGACGGCGAUCUAGAACGCGUGAGGGAACUAAUAGAAGUACACUCAAUAUCUGCAAAUGUACCUGAUGAGAAUACAUACACCCCCAUGCACGCUGCGGCAUCAUACGGACACCUGAACAUCCUCGAAUACCUGAUAUCGCAAGGCGGCGACGUCAAUGUCACCGACGAAGACGGAGACACACCGCUCUAUGUGGUCGAGAACAUCGACACUGCCAGGUUUCUUGUCGAGCGUGGUGCUGUCGUCAAUCGGCACAACUCGGAAGGCUUAUCGCCUGCCCAGUACCUGGAAGGGGAGGAGUUCCCUGCCGUGGCCGCCUACCUCCGAAGUGUCGGAGGUGACACAGCCGAGGAUGGGGCAACAGCUCCCGCAGAGGCACACGAACAGCCCUCGCAGCACGCGCAAAACGUGGCGUCUGAGAACCUGACUUCGUCGCUGCUCUUGUCCGUGCAAGACGUCAUCCAGCGUGCUCAGGCAGAGGGCAGGGAAGUCCCAGAAGAGGAGCUGCGACAGAUCGUCGGCAGGGCGGUGAUUGAAGGCGUCAUCACAGGGUACGGAAUGGGCGCGGAUGCUGCGGGGCAGGACGGCCCUGAAGAGAGAGACGGAGAGGACGCGAAGCGGCCGCGGAUGGAGGGAGGUUGAGCGCGGAGGUCUUCCGCUGGGUGCGUGGGUGCGGGAUUACGUUACCUUACGAGUAGGGUUCUAUGCGGCUUGGUCGCUGCCGUCUGAUUGCACCUUAUGCUGGCGCCGUUAGAGUUGAAU